AUGGACCUGCCUCUUGGUUACAAGUCGAAGAGCUCUGGACUCGUAUGCAAGUUGAACAAGUCCAUCUAUAGUUUGAGACAAGCCUCAAGAAAAUGGUUUUAUAAAUUCACUUUAGCGCUGCUCACUCACAAGUUCAAACAGUCCAAGCAUGAUUACUUACUCUUCUCUUAUGGUAGUGGCGACAAGAUUAUUUACUGGCUGGUUUAUGUAGAUGACAUCAUACUAGCUAGUCCUUCCAAGGAUAUGAUGCAUAAGGUGCAGAAACUGUUAGAGGCCUCCUUCAAAUUGAAAAUUCUGGGUGAUUUGAAGUAUUUCUUAGGCUUGGAACUAGCAAAGUCCAGUGAUGGAAUUAUCCUCAGCCAAAGAAAGUACGCCUUAAGCAUCUUGGAGGACACUAAUUUUACAGAUUCCAAGUCUGUUUCUCUGCCUAUGGAGGCUAACCUCAGGCUGAGCGACUCCGAUGGUGAUUUGCUUGCAGACUCCUCCAUCUACCGGAGACUAAUAGGGAGGUUAAUGUACCUCACCAUAUCCCGUCCGGACAUUACUUAUGCGGUUUCUACCCUUAGUCAAUUCUCGUCUAAGCCUAGAACUACUCACAUGAAUGCACUUCACCAUCUCUUGCGAUACUUGAAAGGAACCGUGGGUCAAGGGUUAUUAUUUUCUGCAAAAUCAGAAAAGAGGCUAAUUAAUUAUGCGGAUGUAGAUUGGGCGGGAUGUCCCGACACUAGAAGAAGCGUUUCAGGUUACUGUGUGUUCAUUGGGGACUCUCUGAUUUUCUGGAGAUCAAAGAAACAACAAACGAUUUCCCGAUCAUCUGCUGAAUCUGAAUACAGAGCUAUGGCAGCUGUGGCUGCUGAAUUGACUUGGUUGACAGGACUCCUAUCUGAUUUUCAAAUCAAGGCACCAUCUUCCAUGCUGUUUUGUGACUCUAUGUCAGCCAUCCACAUUGCAUCAAACCCACAUUUCACGAGAGGACUAAGAAUAUUGAGGUAG